AUGGCCAGGAGCCGGAAACGGUGCGCGAGUUGCGGAAUUCUGCGCAUCGGACGAUUAGCCUGCACCGUCUGCGACCAUAACAUCAUGGGGAACCCCAUCUACGUCAUCGUGUUGGGCCUCAUCGGGACCGUCAUAACGGCUCUCGAUGUUGUAAGGAUAAUGAACUGCAAAAUGCCUCCUCGAUACCCAAACCGAUCUCGAAGCAAGCAAGUGGUGCCCGUCGACGUAGAAAGAGACUUGAAGCUGAUGACCUCGAUCCUUGGAAUCGAACAUUACACCUUGAUCAUGUUGGGCGUCAUCACGGAAUACCCCAUGCUGCAUACCCCAUGGUUGCUGAUGCAGCUGUGCGUCCUCGUCGUGGAAGUGGUGGUCUUCUUCGUGCGACUCUUCCUGGACGGCUUGCACGUAAAGCGAGGUGAGAUGUUCCUGGCCAUUCUGACAAUACACAAUUGGUUGCAGGUCUUCUGUCUGUUUCAUCGUCAAGCUCUUCAGCCGGUUCCAUGACAAGUCGAUAAUGUCACUCUCUGUUACG